GUUGCGCCGGGGCCGAUCCGAGCGACCUCUCGUUUCCUCUCCUCCUCCUCCUCCGACCACUUCCAUCACCAAACCACCAACGCGCAUCUUCUUCCACCUGCUCCCCCCCAUCACGAGGCUCUGCUCCAUCAGAACCCCGUUUCUUCGUUUCAAUCUCCAUCGCGAGACACACACUUCUCUCUUACCCUCUGCCUCACUUUUCUUUCAGUCUCUUUCAGUCAAAAGUCAGCAUCACCAACAUCAUGUCGCGCGGUGGCACCACCUUGUACGUGACUGGCUUCAGCCACGGCACUCGCGCCCGAGACCUCGCCUACGAAUUCGAACGCUAUGGACACCUUGUCCGCUGCGACAUCCCUGCUCCUCGCUCGGCAUCCAGCAGAUUGUUUGCCUUUGUCGAGUACGAGGACCGCCGCGAUGCUGACGAUGCUUACCAUGAGAUGCACAACAAGCGCAUCGGUCGCGACGACAUCCUGAAGAUUGAGUGGGCUCGCACCCCUCCUUCCGCCUCAUGGCGCUUCGACUCUGGUCGCGACCGUGAGCGCGCUCCUCGCCGCUCUUCUCCCCGUCGCGGCCGCUCGCCCUCCCCUCGCCGCAGCACCCGCGACCACUCUCCCAGAAAGGACGACCGCCGGGACCGCGAUCGCGACUACGACCGUGGCGACAGACGCGAUACCCGCGACCGUUCCCGCAGCCCUGACCGACGGUGUGUUGACUCUCCUAGAUCUUUCAAGAAUUCCCCCAAAGACUUCCCCUCGGGCCAAGGGCCCCUCAGAAAUGCCGAAUUUGAACUAGUGAUCCUGACUGGUCAGAAGUGAUCGAGACGCCAAGGAUGACCGCGACGACCGGGAACCCCGUGAGAACGGCACCAAUGGUGACGAUAGAAAGGGUACGUAAAUCGGCAAGAAGGUGUGUAGUAGGCUACGAAGUAGGCUAACACUCUACAACAGCACUGGACAGCCCUCCCCCUGCCCAUGACGACCUGGACGUUGCUGCGGAGUGAUAAGUAUACCUGGCAAUUUCUCUUGUCGGGUUGUGCGCGGCUGUGCCAAAAGUU